GGGAGCGGGGGAGGGGAGGGGGGGGCCGAACCCCGCCGCCCCCUCCCCGAGCGCGGAGCGGCCCCGGCGGCGCAAAAUGGCCACGGCUCUGCACAAACCCCUCAAAUGCCUGGGGGAGGAGUUCUACCGCGAGGCGCUGGAGCACUGCCGCAGCUACAACGCCCGGCUCUGCGCCGAGCGCAGCCUCCGCCUGCCCUUCCUGGACGCGCAGACCGGCGUGGCGCAGAGCAACUCCUACAUCUGGAUGGAGAGAGCGCACCGCCGGCCCGGGCUGUCCCCAGGUCAGAUCUACUCGUACCCCGCCCGCUGCUGGCGCAAGAAGCGGCGCCUGAACAUCCUGGAGGCCCCGCGGCUGCGGCCGCUAGCAGCUGGAGGGUGGCCGGAGGGGCUGGAGGGUGGACAGAGCGUGUUUGGAGGGUGGACAGAGCAGCGGCCAGAGUGGCUGGAGGACUGCGAGGCGCCGCUGCGCAAGGAGGGGGCGCUGCCCGAGGGGCCGGUGCUGGAGGCGCUGCUGUGCGCCGAGACCCCCGAGAGCCGCGACGAGGAGGGGGCGCCCGAGGCACCGAAGCCGCCGCCCCCCGAGUUCCCGCACGACCCCGAGGCGGAGGAGCCGGACGAGGACCCGCCCCGGCGCAAGAACAAGGCCAAGGGCAAGGCGUACGGGCUGGUGAUGAAGAGGAGGGUGGACGCGGUGCUGGAGGAGAGGGACAAACCCUACGUGUGCGACA